AUGAGGAGCAGGGCUUUGCUCGACUCGUACACAUCGCUGCAACUGGCCUUUUCUACCAACGUGUGGGCGAACGUUGUGAGUGCUGGCCUUGGCAGUGCGCACGAUGCGCAGCAGCAACAAUCGCACCACGAUGCAGCGCUGCCUGCAGCCAGAAGCAGGGAGAUGGACAGCUCCACGCAGCGGCCGGCGUAUGUGGCCAUCAGUGAAGACGACUUUGACGAGUGGUGUGGAACACUGCUGGAAGAGAUGGACCAGAGUGUCCAGGAUGUGCCCAUCGAACGCGCCAUCAUCCUUUGCUACGAAGACACCAUUGCACGAGCAAGCCACCAGCAACACCACCAGCAGCAACACCACUUGCCCAGGCACCGUACACAGACAAUUUGUGCCCCAGCGCCACGCAUGAUCAGCGGCACAGUGGACAAUCCCUACCUCGCCCAACUGCUCGCCGCUUUACGUCAUAUGUGGCCCCGCGAAUGCACUGCCAACAAGAGGGGUAGACCACCGGCAGCAUUGACAGCACCGACAGUUCCGCUUGAUGGAUCCUGGUGGGGAAGAAAGACGGGGGAAGGCGUUGGCCCUCACAUUCACGUGAAGCGCUCGCACUUGCAGGCUGUUCCCAUCCUCAGCAGUGACGUUGCGGGUCGCGAUGAUGGUGGUCGCAGCGGCGGCAGCGGCGGCGGCGGCGGUGGUGGUGACGAGCACAGGGAUCCUGCUGGAAGGUGUGAAGGCGCUUGUCAACCGAGUGGCAUCUCAGCCAACCACCCAUUGCGCAGGCGGCAGCUCUACAUUGGCGAAGCACGCGACGCACCUGUGCUUCGAGCAUCGAUCCUGAACAGCGGUUGA